UAAGCAUAACAGUCAGCUUUCCGGUUAGAGUUUUGAGAUUUUGAAAAAUGAGAUCGGAGAAGGUUUAUUUCAAAAUCAAAAACUUAGCAUUUCUUGGAGCGUUGAACUGGUGUAUUAUCUGUUGUGCCUCUGCACUGUCGAGUUGUCUGUCACUAGAUGAUGUGCUGACAAGAUCAAGGUCUUCGUGUGUAGUAGCAUUAGUAACGAAGAAUUGCAUUGCAGACCAAGAUGUUGAUAAUUAUGGUUAUGUACAACUAAGAAAUUUGUUUCAGCAUAAAAAUUUAGGGAUUGUGGUAGACUUUGUUCACAUUGAUAGCAAGUGGCCAAACGGAGAACCGCUUCGUAAGGGAAAUGUUGAGGUUGGAAACAUUGUCUUGUUUCGAAAAGUAAAAAAAGAUCGGACUUGCCUAUUGCCUUCAACUCGCAAGCAAAGCAUAGCCCCAGUCAUUUUGAAUGGAAUUAAUGAUCUAGCAACACUGGUUGACUUUGUAAAUGAUGGAUGCGAGACUUAUUUCUCGACCUCAGGUGGUCCAUCAGUUAAAGGACUGCACAGAAAUGAAAUCCUUAAAACCUUGUUCCAUGUUAAAAAUAUAUCCAAUAUACAAUCAAGAAAAGUUUUCCCAACACAAUCACCCCAGUUUUGUGAAGUAAAAGAUCAAUCCUGUUCAGACACAAAUCACAUGUUGCAUUCAAAUCCAUCAAAACUUCCAGAAUGUGAAAAAAUAGACCUUCCUUCAAAGAACUCAUAUUUUCAUAAUUAUGUAAAGACAUCUAAGCCAGUAAUAUUUAAGAAUGUGUUGAGAUACUGGCCAGCAUUCUCGAAGUGGACAAACAGCUAUUUAAGAGAAAAAUAUGGGAAAAAUAACAUCCACAUAAAAUUAACACCUUUAGGAGAGUAUGAAGGAGUUGAACCAAGAAACAUGUGGGAAAAUCAUGAAAAGUUUAAAAUUCCACAGUUUGUCCUUAAUCAAUUGGCCUUUCCAGAUUUGGUUGUUGUAAGGCCUGCUACAAAAAAUCUUAAUUUUUCAAGUUUUAUGGACAUUGUGGAAAAGGUUUCAAAUGGAUCUAUCAAAGAUAUGUCAGCAUACUUGGAGUAUUCCUCAAUACCUGACCAUUUACCUGAGCUCGAAGAUGAUAUUCAAGAGGAUUUGUUUUUUCAGGGUCUCUUAAAGAGGGACCAUUUAAAUAUUUGGCUAAGUGACGGAAGAACUUUAGGAAAGUUGCAUUUUGAUCAAUAUGACAAUUUGCUCUGCCAGAUCAGUGGAAAGAAACAAGUGAUGUUGUUUGAUCCACACAACAACCACCAGAUGUAUGAGGGACACAUUCCAGAGGCUACCCUGUCUUACAACCAAACUUCUAACACAUUCCAUCGCCGCCAUCUACUGGAAAGUACAUCCAUGGUUAUGUCCCCUGUCGACAUACUCAAGCCAGAUUAUUCUCGGUUCCCACUCUUUGGAGACACCUACCCCUUGAACUGUACCCUGGAAGAGGGUGAUGUUCUGUACUUACCCUCUUUCUGGUGGCACGAAGUCCAGUCAUUUCCCAAUGUAACAGCAGGGAGAAAUCUGGCCAUCAACUUUUGGUAUGAUCCUUUCCUAAUUAAAGAAUUUCCAUGUGCUGAGUGCAAGCUGGAUGUUAAUCCAAAAUACAGACACUUAUUAUGAUGUUACAGAAAUACAGACACUUAUUAUGAUAUUAAUCCGAAAUACAGACACUUAUUAUGAUGUUAUAGAAAUACGGACACUUCUUAUGAUGUUACAGAAAUACAGACACUUAUUAUGAUGAUAAUCCGAAGUACAGACACUUAUUUUGAUGUUAUAGAAAUACAGACACUUCUUAUGAUAUUACAGAAAUACAGACACUUAUUAUGUUGUUACGGAAAUAUAAAAAUAAAUUAAAACAGUGAGCAAGGUGUUUUUCAUAUACUAGAAAUUUAAUCUGAAGUACAUGUACCACAUGACUGGAUGUCUCGCUCUACCUGUUUUGAAAUCAUUUUGAU